UUGGUGAGAUAGCAAAGGGGAGUGACGCAGUUAUUAUAGAUGCCAUGCCCAACGUCUCUAUUAAAUCUACAGGAAUGUCUAAUCUGUAGAUAUAUGUUUUAUCCUUUGAGAAUAAAUAGUGAUUUAAAAUAAAAACAGAGGAUUUGUUGACCGGCUCUCCUCGUGAUAUUCUAAUGCCGUUGAUGUUGGAGGUUGCUACCAUCCACCUCGAGGACUAGCUGCGGUAGCCAGCACGAGAUAUGCCGCAGCCCAAAUCACGAAAAAUUGCCAUCCUCGGGUACAGAUCCGUAGGAAAGUCCUCGCUAACAAUUCAGUUUGUGGAAGGCCAGUUUGUUGACUCCUAUGACCCAACAAUAGAAAACACGUUCACCAAGAUGAUCACGAUAAACGGACAAGAAUACCACCUGCAGUUGGUAGACACAGCGGGACAGGAUGAGUACUCUAUAUUUCCUCAGACCUAUUCCAUAGAUAUCAAUGGAUACAUCCUGGUCUACUCUGUCACAUCUAAUAAAAGGAUUUUACUCGAAGCUGAUUCAGCUAAACAAGGUCUGGAUGAGCAGCUGAAUCAGUUUAUGUCAGUAGUUCAGGUUAUCCAUGAAAAACUUCUGGAUAUGGUGGGGAAAGCUCAAGUACCUAUUAUAUUGGUGGGGAAUAAGAAUGACCUGCACAUGGAACGGGUGAUCAGCUGUGAGGAAGGGAAGGCCCUAGCAGACUCCUGGAACGCUGCCUUCAUGGAGUCCUCAGCUAAGGAGAACCAGACGGCAGUGGAGGUGUUCAAGACCAUGAUCCUGGAGGCGGAGAAGCUGAAAGGCGGCGUCCAACCAGGGAAGACUUCCUGCUCCCUCAUGUAGAGCUGCCAAACAAUCAAACACAGGAUAGGACACUGCACUGGGAUAUCCCGUUACUUGAAGGCUUCCUGCCAGUUCCAACUACUACUUCUCAACUGUCAGCAGUUGUCAUCAACUGUUUAUUUACCUGUAUUUUUGUUUCUGUAUGUCUGCAUUGUUUUCCAUUUGUUAUGAAAGCUUGAGUGACUGUUCUGUUCUGUUCUGUCAUACUAUACAUUUCCCACAAUCAACCUCUCAACUGUUUUGACCUCAGCCCUGAUGCAAAACUGAGGCCCUGGCAAGAAAUGACCACUAGCUCCAAGAACAGUCUCUCCAACCCUGUUCUUGGAGCGAUACUCUCCUGUAGGUUUUAACUCCAACCGUAAUCUAGCGGUUCUGAUUCCAAUUAAUUAGCUGGUUGAUGAGCUGAAUCAGGUUAGUUACAACUGGGGUUAGUGCCAAAACCUACAGGAGGGUUAGCAUUAAAACCUACAGGAAGGUUAGCAUUGAAACCUACAGGAGGGUUAGCAUUAAAAGCUAUAGGAGGGUUAGCAUUAAGGAGGGUUGGCAUUAAAACCUACAGGAGGGUUUGCAUUAAAACCUACAGGAGGGUUAGCAUUAAAACCUACAGGAGGGUUAGCAUUAAAACCUACAGGAGGGUUAGCAUUAAAACCUACAGGAGGGUUAGCAUUAAGGAGGGUUGGCAUUAAAACCUACAGGAGGGUUAGCAUUAAGGAGGGUUGGCAUUAAAACCUACAGGAGUGUUGGCAUUAAAACCUACAGGAGGGUUAGCAUUAAAACCUUCAGGAAGGUUGGCAUUAAAACCUUCAGGAAGGUUGGCAUUAAGGAGGGUUGGCAUUAAAACCUACAGGAGGGUUAGCAUUAAAACCUUCAGGAAGGUUGGCAUUAAAACCUUCAGGAAGGUUGGCAUUAAGGAGGGUUGGCAUUAAAACCUACAGGAGGGUUAGCAUUAAAACCUACAGGAGGGCUCCUGCACAGGUUCCAUUCUGGUCUCAUGGUGGAAGGUGACUAUGUGAGUUUAUAGAUAAUUUAAUGUGAUUUGAUUUGACAUUGAACCUCCUCAUAUGAGACAUGACAUGAAGACAAACAUUUUCUUGUAUUGAAAUAUGUUUUUUAUUUUAUUUUUUAUUUCAUCAGUGAUUUACUUUCUCCUUACACAGCUUUAUUCCAUUGUUAUUGUCAUUGUCACACCACUGAUUCUUACAGGAAAUAGUUCAAUCCCAACUUCCUUAAGUCAGACUUUCACUUAGAGUCCGAUUCAAUCUGAUCUGCUUCGGCCGACGUCCGAAAACCUGACGUUUUGACGUUGUUGGUGAAACUGCGUUCGAGCUGUCAGAUUCACAAGCGCCUUUCAUCAUUACACCUGUACGUUUUAACUCGGACUCCUCACCAGGCUCGCUUCGUCCUCGUGUGGGUACUAGCAAGCUAGGCAGUGCUAGGUAACAACAGCCAAUCCAGUAGAGUCUGGAAGCUAUAGUGACCUUCGAUUGGUCAAGCGUCCAGCGAUGUUGCAGAGUAUUUGCAUAAAGUUCGUUGGUCCGGCCCUCUCCCAUGCUCGCACCACUCAACGGUCCCACCCCCUCCCCGCCCACUUUGCUUCUCUUCCAAUUGGAAAUCAAUGGUUUUCCGUAGUUUCAGUUUCAUCACCCACCUGACAUCAUCUUCAGUUAAUGGCCCGUUGAUACUAGGAGGUGGAAUCUCACGGUGAAACAUCAAGAAGCAAUUCACUUUCAAUGGAAGGAAAGCAAGAGAAAUGGAGAGGGACCGAACAUGGGAAAGGGAGCUGAAUGAGGCGGGACUUAAGUUGGGGAAAGCUGAACUUUAUUCAAAUCCUCCACGAUAUUGUGACGUAAGUGACCAAUCGAAGCUCACCAUAGCUUCCAACCCUUAAUGGGUUGGCUGACAAUGGCUGUUGAUGCCAGUGGAGGCGGGUGGGAGGAGCUAUAGGAGAACGGGCUCAGUGUAAUGGCUGGAGUGGAAUCAAUGGAACGGUAUCAAACACAUCAAAACAUAUGGAAACCACGUGUUUGACUCCAUUCCAUUGAUUCAAUUCCACUCCAGCCAUAACAAUAAGCCUGCCUUCCUAUAGCUCCUCCCACCAACCUCCUCUGGUUGAUAUGUAGCAUUACCUAGCUUGCUUUUGGCUGAAUGUAGUCACAUGAAGAGAAAUUCCAACGCAGCCUUGUUGACCAAUAGGAACACUGGAAUGUGAGAUGUAAUCUACACCUCCAUUAGGAACACUGGAAUGUGAGAUGUAAUCUAAACCUCCAAUAGGAACACUGGAAUGUGAGAUGUAAUCUACACCUCCAAUAGGAACACUGGAAUGUGAGAUGUAAUCUACACCUCCAUUAGGAACACUGGAAUGUGAGAUGUAAUCUACACCUCCGUUAGGAACACUGGAAUGUGAGAUGUAAUCUAAACAUCCAAUAGGAACACUGGAAUGUGAGAUGUAAUCUAAACAUCCAAUAGGAACACUGGAAUGUGAGAUGUAAUCUACACCUCCAAUAGGAACACUGGAAUGUGAGAUGUAAUCUACACCUCCGUUAGGAACACUGGAAUGUGAGAUGUAAUCUACACCUCCAAUAGGAACACUGGAAUGUGAGAUGUAAUCUACACCUCCAAUAGGAACACUGGAAUGUGAGAUGUAAUCUAAAUGUGAGAUGUAAUCUAAACAUCCAAUAGGAACACUGGAAUGUGAGAUGUAAUCUACACCUCCAAUAGGAACACUGGAAUGUGAGAUGUAAUCUACACCUCCAAUAGGAACACUGGAAUGUGAG